CUGGAAUCUACAGUCCACCACCAUCUACAUCUUGAACCUCUAUAAGUUUAGCUCGUCAGGCCACCCAUACCCUCUAGCUUCAAAGCCGUCUUCCCUGCCUUGAACAUAUAUCGGUUAUUUUAACUAAUUAACCGACAAACACCCAAACGCCCAAUCAAUCAUGGCAGCCGUCCCAUCCUCGAAAUCCCUAUUACAUCUAUACAUGUCCACACUGCGCACCGCGCGCUCGUUCAGCUCGUACAACUUUCGAGAAUACUUUGUGAAGCGGACGCAGAGCACGUUUCGGGAGAUUCAGAACGAAAAAGACCCAGCCAAAAUCUCCGCGUUCUAUAAUGACGCAGUCAAGGAGCUUGCGGUGUUGCGGAGGAGUGCGAUCGUGAACCAGCUUUAUGGGGGGUGGAAGUUGGUCGUGGAGAAGCAGAAGCCGGCAAUGGAGAGGGGGGAUACGUAGAUCGUUGUUGCGGGGUCGAGGUUGAGUAUGAUUUUGGUGGUGGUGUGGUUUGUGUUGUGGGCUACGGCUUAUGGGCGGGAGGGGGAGGAGAAGUCCCUGUACAUUAUUGCUUUUGAGAUGCUAUCUCUUUCUGCCCUUCGUAGAUGGACAGUUAGUCUGUCCUUCCGACAUCUAAGUC